GAAUACUUAUGUACCUGUUAGUAACUUUUUCAGUACUAUUUACCUAUUCAUACGUUACUAGUAAAAUAAUAGUUGAAGUUAUGAAAAUAAUUGUAAAAAAAUAAACGUGAAAAUCUAAAAUAUCUGUAAGUAAGCGCCAUUAUCAUUAUUUUCUCAACGAGAACUUAGGCCAUUGUCCAACAGUGGGAAUUAGUACACUAACGAACAAACAUAAAUCAAACCAAUCUACACAACAACACACAUUAACUUUCUAAUCCGUAUAUCUAAGUAAAAUGGCGGCAAUUUGCAAUAAUUGCCCCAUUGUCUCCGUCUUCCCGCCAUUACGACGCUUUCCCGCGCUUUCCGACUUCCUCUGUGAAUAUAUGUCAAAAACAAUGGCCGUUUAUUUUUUUUAAUGAGGCAAAGGUACACACAUGGGAAGUAUAGUAUAUCAUACUUAUUAUGCGGUGAAUGCGGGAAACGAGUUAUUAAACCAUUUAUGGUAAAUUUUCUUGAAGCGUUAGCGAUUUAAUUGGUUCAUGAAUGGUUUUGUAUCCGUAUAGAGUUUGUAUGGUUGUAAAAAAGCUAAAUAACUGUGAAUUGGACUUGGUAACUGUUCCGUAAUGUUUUCGUUAGAAAAAAUAACUUUGGCACAAUGUAGGUAUUAUACAGCCAACGUAAUUCUCAUAAAAAUAUGAUGAAUGGAAUGAUACCUCUCAAUCUAAAAUCAAUUAAGCUAUUUAGUUUAGAGAGCCACAUGAACAACAUACAAAUACUCGAAGAACGAUAACAAAUAACUUACUUAAUAAUAAAAUAAUUAACCCUCACUUAGCGAACCUGAAAAAAUAAACACAAUUUAUCUGAAUUCGACUGCAUUAAAACUAAUUUUACCGCAACUACUAGCAAAAUCAGCUAAACACACAACCUUAUACAAACAAACUUCUUUCAAAAAUCAAGCAAAAAAAGUCCCGUUUACACGUCAAUAUUCCGAGCCUUAUUUUCCCCAUACACCGGUCGAGUGCACACGCGCCAGUAACUCGACCCGCCAGUUGUUGUGCAGCUGAUACUGGCUUCCGUUUGUGUAAGCUGAGUUGGACGUAGAUUAAACGUGUUAAGUGUGGAUUAAGUGUUGCGGAAGUUGUUAGCAGUCAUCAUGCCGAGCCAAGCCCGUUGUGACCGCGUGCCCCCCCCUCACGCCAAGUGGGACUCACUGGAUCUGAGGGUUCUGCAAGAGGAUGACUUGCCUUUAGACCCUAGAUCGUGGGGUCGCGCAGAGGUGGGGUCGUGGGUGUCCCGGCGCGGGGGGCUCGCGGAGAGGUUCCCCAUGAACGGGAAGGCGCUGUGCCUCAUGUCCCCGGACAUGUUCGCCGCCAGGGUGCCGCGACACGGACAUGCCUUGCAUCAGGAUUUCAGAAGACGACUAGCAAAGGCUUUGGCUCUUCAGGAACUUAUUGAAAAACUAUCACAUUCCCAUAAAUAAUUACUUAAAUCACUAUUAAUUGUGAACCCCGACCAAACUGGAUCAUCAUCUCUUAAGCCCAGCGCUGGGCAAAAAAAACAAGAGCUGAUGAUGUUCAGAAUGCUGAAAAUUUCUUGAUAAAUUAUACCUAAGAACUAUUUUGAAGAAAUUAGCUGUCAAACCAGAAGAACCGCAUCAUAAUCGGUCCAUUAAUUUAAGAGAUUUGGGUGAGGUAUUAUUGUCGGGGUCUAAAAGAGGCUUUUUCUAAUCAUAGUAUUGUAAACUAUUAGAUAAAAACCGGAUACAAAUCUCAGACCAAAAAAAUGUAUUAAUAAAUCUGUUUUUACUUAAAAAAUCUAUUGAAAUAUUAGAAUUUGAGUUUAUUUUUGAAAGUUUGCAAAUGAAGUCCCCAUAGUUUUUUUUGGUCUAUGAUUUAACGGUAAUAGUAAAAUAAUGGUUUUCUUAAUGCACUAUGUUCCUAAUUUGUUAUAAUUUUAGCUAAUUUUGUUUCUUGGAGAGAAUGUGUCUACUUUCUGUCAAAUUAUUUUUUAUACUUGCAACACUAACUUUUGAGUAUAAUAGGACUGGCCUGUUGGUCUAGUGGUAAGUAACCCGGAUUACUAUUCUGGGUGUUGUGAGUUCUAUUCCCACCCAGGGCAAAUGUUUGUGUGAUGAGCACGAUCAUUUGUUCUGUGUCUGUGUGUAAUUUAUAUACAUUAUGUAUCUAUUUAGAAAUAUAUAAGUAAGUUUAUCAGUUGUCUAGUACUCAUAAUACAAGCUUUGCUUAGUUUGA